ACUCAUUAGUAGCUUCUGAGGCCGCUUUAGUCCUUAUCCUUGGAUAUUACUGCUCUAAAGAACCCCUCCGUAACUUUUCAACAGGUCAUUUUAAAGAAAUCUAGUGCCACUCCACGUAUUACAAAUAGGAAUGUAAAACGGAAAGACACAGAGUGACUUCACUGAAGUCCUAGAGCAAAUUAGUGACAAAACCUGGAGGAAAACCUAGGACUUCAGUUGCCUAGUUUAUUGCAUUAAUUGCUUUUAAUCUUUUUCUGACCAGAUAUGAGACAUUUGAAUGUCAAAGAGCUCGGUCCUUAUCUUUAGAACUACUAGUGCUUGUGUUUUUUACUUGCCAGAGAGAUAAGCUUUUUUCUUCUUCUUCUAACUCUCUGAAAUUUGAAUGUCAAAGUGUAGUUGACCUUGCUUUGGGAGACCUUGCUGUUUUGAUUGUGAAAGAAGUUUUCAGGAAUGGACAAGGAGAAAAGCCUGCUUCGUAAUGUUGCAGUUCUGGUGCUACAGAGUUAAUUGAAGGAGUAGUGAAAGGGAAGGAUUUAGAAGCUUUUUAUUAAGCUUUUAUUUGGAUGCAUUAUUGGUUCUAGUUUUACUGAUUGUAUUAAUUGAAUUCUUGUUAGCCAACAUUUAUUGACUCCUUAGAAGUUAAAUGCCUUCGCUGAGGUAUCAACAUGAGAAUUACCUGGAGAUCUUUAAAACUAAGGCCCACGCUCUCACACCCCUAACGUGGGUUUUAGUAGGCCUGGGACAAGGACGUGGGGAGUUUUAAAUUCCUGCUUAGGUGAUUCUAAUAUGCAACCAGAUCUGAGGACCAUUGAUUAAGUAGAUACCAGCAGCUGAGAUGGAGAUGAACUCCAUAAACGGAAUGGAGACUGCGGUUCAUUUUUAGGAAACUCAAGGUCCUAACUUUCAGCUUUAUCUUGCCUUGCUAAAGAUUCCAUUUAGGAGCUUUUUAAGUAUUAUUAUUAAAAAUUUUUUUGCUACUCCUUCUUGAGGAAGUGUAACUUUAUCCAUUUUACAGUUCUGAAAACUAAGACUCAGAGAGCUUAACAUACUCAAAGCCACACAACUCUAAGGGAUGCAAGAGUGAUAGAAACAAGAUCUGAACCCUGGAUCAAUGCUCUUUAUCACUAGGCCUGUUCUCAUCUGGAGAAAACCAAAAGCCAAGGCACCACUUCCUCCAGCUGAGACCAAAAACCUUGAUGCUUCUCCAGUUGAUGAUUCUGUAGAAUCCUCUGCUUUCAUCAUGGAACAGAAAGAAAGCAUGAUAGACAGAGACAUUGAACUCUCAGUGGUUCUUCCGGGGGACGUUAUCAAAUCUACUACUAUUCAUGGCAGUAAACCUAUGAUGGACUUGUUGAUAUUCCUCUGUGCCCAGUAUCACUUAAACCCAUCAAGUUACACAAUUGAUCUUCUGUCAGCUGAAAAGAACCCCAUUAAAUUUAAGCCAAACACACCAAUAGGAAUGUUGGAGGUGGAUAAAGUAAUUUUAAAGCCAAAAACUUUGGAUAAGAAAAAACCCACUCCUGUAAUACCGGAGAAAACUGUCAGAGUAGUGAUCAAUUUUAAGAAAACGCAGAAGACAAUAGUGAGAGUCAGCCCUCAGGCAUCGCUCCGAGAACUUGCCCCCAUUAUAUGCAGCAAAUGUGAGUUUGAUCCAUCACAUACACUGUUGUUGAAGGAUUAUCAAUCUCAGGAGCCCCUUGAUAUGACGAAAUCUCUUAAUGACUUGGGACUAAGAGAAUUAUAUGCCGUGGAUGUCAGCAGAGCCACCUCUGUUACUGCCUUCAGUAAGUCAUCUUUGCAAGAGUCCUGCCAAAUAUCACAAAACCUAGACAUUAUGAAGGAGAAAGAAAACAAAGGGUUUUUCAGCUUUUUUCAACGCAGCAAGAAAAAGCGGGAGCAAACUGCAAGUGCCCCUGCAACCCCACUCGUAAGUAAGCAUCGCCCAACUUUUACGAGGUCCAAUACCAUUUCCAAACCGUAUAUUUCAAACACCCUGCCAUCAGAUGCACCCAAGAAGAGGAGGGCUCCAUUGCCUCCAAUGCCAGGGUCUCAGAGUGUCCCCCAGGACCUUGCUCACAUCCAGGAGAGGCCAGCUUCCUGUGUGGUAAAAUCCACAAGCAUGGAUGAAGCAGAUAAGAGUCCCUGUGGAACCGGCAUUGUGAGGACCGGCUCCCUGCAGCUCAGGACCUCAUCAGUGGGGAAUUCAUCUUUGAAAAGGACAAAGCGAAAAGCACCUUCCCCACCCUCCAAAAAACCCCUGCAUCAGAGUGAUGAAAAUAGCCAUGUGACCGCCCUGCAGUCCGUACAUGCAGUUCCUUCAGACAGUGUUUCAGAAGCGAACUCUCCAGAGGUCCCAUCCAGCCCAGGAGCCUCCCUUGGCCCUGGGCCCUCCAGUCAUGAGCAGUGCACUGUGUCCAAACUGCCCGACGAAGCCUCCCUCUCAGAGUGCCCUGGAACGCCCGAGGCAGCUGUAGCAUCUCUGACAUCUGGCAUCAGCUCUGAUUACAGCCUUGAAGAGAUAGAUGAAAAAGAAGAACUAAGUGAAGUGUCUAAAAAUGAGGCUGAAAAUACUGCUCUGAAAUCACAAGAUACUCCUUUUGCACCUAUUGAUGUAAUAAAUACACUGGAAAAUGAUCCUGAGGCAGCCGUGGGCAAUGAGGCUGGAGAGUCCUUACGAAACUCCAGAGAAGAAAAACAAGAAACUAAAAACACAGAUGGAAAAGAACCACACAUUGCAGUAUAUAAUGUGAGCAAUGGAGAAAGGGUAACUGACAGUGUAAGAAACUUGAAGUCAUUUGGCCCAAACCAAGAGAGUGUAGAUCAAAAUGAAAUAAUUGUCACUCCAGUGAAUACAGAAGAUAAAAUGAAAAAUGGAGUGAGGAAAACAGAAGUCAAUGUAGGAGGUGUUGCCAGAAAUAAGAAUGUGGACACAGAAGUUGACAGACUCUCAAACUAUCAAGCGCAUAAAACUGAUACUGCUAAAAGUUACAAGGAAAAUCAUCUAGCUGCUUCAUCAGUGCAAGAUCAAAAACUGAAUCAGCCCAGUGCAGAAAAGGCAAAAAUGCUAGAUGCAGCAAUUCAGACAACCCCUUUCUGUAACAGUUUUGAUGGGAAACUCCAAGGUCAUAAUUUGUCUGAUGCCAAAAUUGAUGAAAGUGUGCAAACUUUAACUCACAACAAAUCAAAUCAGCACUCAUCUUUAAGUCCACAGGAUUCUGUGGGUACCUCAAGAGAAUUCAGGAGCCAGGGCCCCCUAACUGUUCACUCAGAAGAUCUCUUUACCAUAAAAGAUACAGUUUGUGUUCAUGGUAAUGAUGACCCUUUGCCUCCUGUAAGUGAGACUGAUAAAAACUCAACUGCUUCUUAUAUGAAGAAUUACCCUCUUUACAGACAAGAUUACAAUCCCAAGCCCAAACCUUCCAAUGAAAUUAUGAGAGAGUACAUACCUAAAAUUGGGAUGACUACUUAUAAAAUAGUGCCUCCGAAAUCCCUGGAAAUAUUGAAAAAUUGGGAAUCAGAAGCCAUAGGGUAUGAAGAUGAUCAGGCGAUACAUACUUUAGGAAAAAAGCACACUCACGAGAAUGUGAAAGAAACUGCAAUACAAACAGAGGAUCUUGUUAUUUCUGAGAGCCCAAAGGAGCCACAGGCAGACCUUAAAGUGAAGAUCACCCCCAAAAUAGAGCACCAGGAGCCCAGUGUGGACGGCUCACCUCACACUGUCACCGGGAAUCCUCUGAAAUCUCCCAGAUUGACAAGAGACACUGGCACAGCCCCUUUUGUGCCGAAUCUGGAAGAUAUAAACAAUAUUUUGGAGUCAAAACUUAAAUCUUGGGUUUCUAAUCCCCAGAACAAACCUAGUUCUUUUUUCUUGCAGAUGCAAAAGAGGGCUUCAGGUCAGUAUGUGACAUCUGCAGCCGCCAAGAGCGUCCACACUGCCUUUAAUCCUCCCCCAAAGGAACCAGUAAAGAAAGAGGCGGAAAAGGAUAUGGUGCCUCCUCCAGAGCAAACUCCUUCUCCCCAAAGUAGAACAACUCACCCUGCUCCCCAGCCCCACGUUAAAAACGCUGAUGCUGACAGCGGUCAGAAGCCUCCUGAAACCUCUCCUCCUCCUGUAGCUCCGAAACCGGCUGCUCCUCCUGCCAAUCAGUUAGCAGCACUCAAUCUGAAGACUCUGAAAACUUUUGGUGCCCCAAGACCGUACUCGAGCUCGGCCCCUUCGCCAUUUGCCCUGGCUGUCGUCAAGCGGUCACAGUCUUUCAGCAAAGUGCGUGCCCAGCCAUGCAGUGAGGGCGCCUCUGCCCAACCUCCCGUGGACACAGACGGAGGGGAGACUCCUGUAAAUAGACGUGUGGACAUCCCACAGCCAGGUGCAAGGGAUAAGGAAAAUAACUCUGCACAUAAUGACCAGAAUUCCCAAAUACCACAUCCGUCUCACUGCCCAUCAUUCAUCCUUAAGAGACAAAGUUCUUUGACAUUCCAAAGCUCUGACCCAGAACAGAUCCGACAGAGUUUGCUGACUACAAUCCGUUCUGGGGAGGCUGCUGCCAAAUUGAAAAGGGUUACUGUUCCAUCAAAUACAAUAUCUGUGAACGGAAGGUCAAGACCCAGCCAUUCCAUGUCCCCUGAUACCCAAGGCCACUAAAUGUCACUCUGCAUUACUGUUACUUCACCUCCACUUCACAGAACAGCUUCAUACCGAUGCAGAAUGCGGGCAAAUGUAUAUUCAGAUGUACACUAAUAUAUUAUCUAUUGAAGUGUAAGAAUUUGUGCUUUGGCUUCUAAUGCCAAAAGAAGAAUUACAGAGUUUAUAAUUUAUAAUAAUAUUUUUUGGCCCUUUUUGCCUUAAGAGCUGAAUAUGCUGCUUUAGAACUUGAAGACAAGGUGUUAAUGAUUUUCUUUUUUUUUUCAAAUAAGAAAUAGUCAUGUCUUGUUGAUUUCAUUUAUUAUUGACACAUUCUCUACAAUGAUGAGAGAUAAGAGGAUAAAUUAAGAUGCAUAGACCUAAUUAGUGUGACACAUACAUAGCUAGGCAAACACAGAUCUGACAUGUGUUGCCUCAAUGUUACAGUUUAAUUAGAAAUGUUUAUCAGUUAUAUUAAAGCCUGUUUUGUGCUGGAAGUAUGAUCUAGAAAACUAAUAUCAGGUGAGUAUAUGCAGUCCAACAGUUAAUUUCAAUGGUGAAUCACUUAGUAUAGAAGUCUUACCUUGCACAUUCUUUAUGUAAUUACAAAAUCAGUGUCAAAUUUAUGAAAAGCUCAUAGGAUUGUAAUAUUUUGUUAAAAUUAAACACUUAAGUUUUUUAAUCUUUAGAACUUAAAUUGAUCACAGAGAAUCUUAAUAUUUUCUGUAUAUAAUUAUGACAUUGUCAUAUAGGUGUUAUAUAUUUUAUAUGCCAGAAGCCUUAAAAAUCUUCCUGUGAAAAAGUUGAUUUAUUGUUACAGUCAUUUCAUAUUCAAUAUGUAAAGAGGAAAAGAGGUUAGUUUAUGUCCAUAUUAGAAAACUUUAAAGACUACUUAGAGGUUCUAGAAAUCCUGGUUUUAAGUGAAGUAAAAUGAGAAAAUAAUGUCAUUAUGUAGUUCAGAUGCUAAUAUUCUAAAAAGUAAUAUAUGUUUGCAUUAAAGCUAAAAGUGUUAAGCAAAACAAUGCCUAUUUUGUUGGCUUAUAAUUCUUCUGGGGUCUAGAGUUUGUUGAUGUGCUAUUCCUGCUUUAAGAAUUUAAUUGUUUACUUAAUGCUAAAAGCUUUGUCAAACAAGCUGAUGUUAAGUUGGUUUUCACCAAAAGCUACUGAGAAAUCUGCCUCUUUGGAAAAAUGUGUUGAUUUUUUUUCUGUUUAAUAAAAACAAGUUACAUAUU